UGGACUAGGACCAACUGACCAACACUCCGAAACUGAUUUCCACACAAAGGGAUUGAUCGUAUCAUGGAAAAAGAGAGUUGUGCAGAUCCUGACAACACAACGACUAAACGAGUGAUUUCUGAAAACACAUACGAUUUGAUUGAACGCAAUGUAGUAGGUAGAGUUGGAUUUAUCCCUACUGUCAGCCAGAGUAAGAAGACAACUGGACGAAGUACGAUAAUUUUCGUGACCAUCAUAGCAACUUUGGCUUUGGUGCUUGCAGUGACAAUAUUGAUCAUUGACAAGACAUCAAAUCAACCUGCCGCCAAUACUGGGAGCCUGGACAACACACAAACCCAGCUGAGUGCCUCGGACGAGUCAAUUCAGAACCAAUUUUUUCAGGCACAGUUGAACAAUUUAACUCGUGCUAUACUGCCAGCAAUACAAGCAAUUCAGUCCAAUAUUGAUGAAAAUCAUCGAGAGAUACAGGAUCUUCAUACGCACCAAAGCAAAAAGAUACAAGAUCUUAAAAAUGACACUUUUCGAGAUAUUGAAGCCAUUCGCACACAGCAAGACAGCACCAACCGUGAGAUACAAUAUCUUCAAUCACAGCACAAUGACACUGAUCAGAAGAUGGUACAAGCUAAUGGGAACAACUCAGAAGAUACACAAUGCCUUGGAUUUGAUCACAGUCAUCCUGCGCCUUCAUGUCAGCAGAUUCUUGAUUGCAGUCCGUCCAUUUCGAGUGGUCAUUUUUGGCUCGGAACAGAAGAGAAUGUGGUAUUGAUGUUCUGUGACAUGAACAGGACAUGUGGUGGUAUGUCUGGUGGGUGGCUACGUUUGAUUGCGUUAGAUAUGCGAGACGAGAAUCCACCAUGCCCCGGUAAUUUGAUGCUAAUAGAGGAAUCAGGAAAAAGACUGUGUACUGGAAAUUCUGGUAGUAGUGCGUUUAUUGAAGCAAAUGUGCAAUACAACAUGGUGUGUGGCAGAGCAAUCGCGUAUCAAUACGGUGCUUUAACCUCUUUUUACACAACACAACAUGGAAUUGACAAUGGCUACGUCAACGGUAUUAGCCUUAUACAUACAGUUCCAAUCCUCGCAAGCAUAUCUGGACAUUUGCAGGAGCUCACGAUGAAUAUGGUUCUACAACGAGAGAAAACUGUCCGUGUAUUUCGGGAACCAGUGCUACUCAACCACCAAGUUUUGUAGGGAAUGAUUAUUUCUGUGAUACAGGUGCAACUCGAAUU